GUGUUACAAAAAAAACAAAAACAUCAUUCGUAUGUUCCACCAAAAAAAAACAACUUUUGUCGAGUCGUCGAAAUUCCUUGUUGGCCGUCGUCGAAUGUAAUCCGUGUGGAGUCAGCUGCGGAUUCCUUUUUCGAUUCCUGUUUCUGGGCAGGAUGCAGGGCAAGCGAGACAUUUGCGCGUGCCGGUCGACCAGCGAGCCCCCCUUCUUCCGGGCUCGGUGCUCGGUGCGGCCACCAACGGCUUUGGAGGAUAGAGCGCCGACCAACUUCGUGCCAUGGCCGCCCUCUCGUCCCUCGGUCGUCACCUUCUGCCAGGUUCCCUACUACAAUUAUCGAAUGCCUCCAGCUUCCGCCCCUUCUGCUAUGCCCCCGGGCGAGGACCGGCGGGGCUCGGAUCGGCGGGGCUCGGACCCGAGUGGUCCGUACUCUCCCAUGAAAGGCCACCAAGAUCAAAAUCGGGAAUCCUACGGGUGCAUGCGAACGCCUGGAUGUUCUGUUGCGGAGUCCGGAAAGAGUCAAAUGGGCCCCCGGCCACAGUACUCAUGUGGCCCAAGUGUCCAGCAAGAAGACAGUUGCUCUUGUGAACCAGAAGAGGAAUGUCCGGAGCCGGAAGAACCUCAGGGCUGCUGUCCCCAGCCGUGCGAGGAACCGAAACCGAAGAAAUGCCGCCGGAGAAGGAAGCCUCGAUGCUGCUAUGUGAUCACCCACGAACAGGGCGUCCAAACCGACGACGCUGAGUCCGAGACCAAAGAGUCGCAAACACUGGAGCCAGAAAUCAUCGAGGUCAGGGAGAUCACAGUGCAGGAGACGGAGGUGACGCACCGGACCGGAGAGAAGGAGAUCGAGGUCACGGAGGAGAAGCAGGUGACCCAAGUACCCAAGUUUCCAGCCAGCGGACAAUUCAUAACCGAGGUCCAAAAGAAAACGAAGGCCGGUAAGGUUCUUAAAUCCGGAGAGGGUAAUGUCACUGAGUCCGGGAAUUCGAAGACCCGUGUCGAAGAUGCCAAAGGUACGGCUGCCAUUGUGGCUACUACGGAUACCGUCCUGGACUCCUUGAACCCCACCCUAGAGCCCAAUGUGGUGGAGUCCUUGAAGUUCGGGCUGCGUGCCAAAGCGAGUUCCAUCCCCCCGUCCGCCGCCACCAGCCCAAUUCGCAGAAGGAGCCACAGUUUUCUGAACAACCAGAAAGUAGUCCGCCCCAAGGACUAUCCCGACAUGAAGAGGGUAAAGGUGACCUCAGGCACGACGUCCCACCUCACCACCGGUCCUCGUAAAAACUCCGUCACUUUGCCCCAGCGCCGUCCAUCCGAGACCCGACGUAGCCGCCCCUCCGCAGGCUCCCAACACAUGAUCCUGGUCUCCGCUGACGCGCCCCGCGCCCCCAGACGCGACGAAUUUUCACCUGACCGUCAGAGUACCUUGCAGGUGGUGACCACGAAAAGAAAGGAGGCGGCCAUGAUGCUUCCGGACUCAGAGGGGAAGCUGCAGGAGAUGUCGGCAGUUCUGGAGAGCAAGGUCACCGAGUUGCACGUGAGGAAAGAUGACAAGUCAAAGCGCAAGCGUCCCGAUACCAAAAUGAAAUACGGAUAUCCCUCCAAUGACCUGGUUACCCGGAUGGAGCGGCCUCCCCGGCGGAACCACUGCUGCCUCCCGUACGGGGGCUGCCCCUACAGCUGCUCCUACAGCUCCUACUACAAUCCCUGCAGCAGGUGUGACCCCAUCUAUGGCUUCGGAGGGCACUGCGCUCAAUGCUUUGGCUAUCCCUAAAUUCUGUGUGUUGGUGCAAUAGUGAGCAAUAGUAACCAAUAAAUCCCAUGCCACUCCCCUUUCCCGCAAAGGGGAACACCA